GUAAAUAAAAAACCCACGCGCGUUGCACGCUUAUAUCUCUAUCCGACGGUCGGACGUCACCUGAAUGGCAGAGGCGCUUGGAAACCAAGCUUCCCCAUUUCCCUUUUCCUUCCCAAUCACCGUAUGCCAGGUACAGAACACCCCUAAUCAUUGAUCGGCCACCGCAAGAGAAGCCCCGCGCGCGCGAGCAGCAGACGAUGCAGCCAUCAUUCGAGCUCUUCCCUGUCCACCGUCUCCUUCUCUUCCUCCUCCUCCUCGUCACGCUUUCUCCCCCGUCGCGGGCGCAAGGAGAAGGACAAGAGGAGCGUGGCCUCCACGAGAGCUUCCUGCGCUGCGUGUCCCGCCUCUCGCCGGCCACCGCCGACCCGUCCGAUCUCGUCCACGCGCCGGCGGACGCCUCCUACGGGCCCCUCCUCGACUCCACCAUCCAGAACCUCCGCUUCGCCUCGCCGCGUACACCUUGCCCGUCGCCGUCGCUGCUCCUCACGCCGACGACCGUCGCCGAGGUGCGGGCCUCCGUGGCCUGCUGCCGUGCCCACGGCCUCACGGUCCGCGCCCGCAGCGGCGGCCACGACUACGAGGGCCUCUCCUACCGCGCGCUCCGUCGUCCCGCCCGCCGCUUCGCCGUCCUCGACCUCGCCGCGCUCCGGGCGGUCCGCGUCGACGCGGCGCGCCGGGUGGCCCACGCCCAGCCCGGGGCCACGCUCGGGGAGCUCUACUACGCGGUGGCGCGAGGCAGCCGCGGGAAGCUCGGGUUCCCCGCGGGGAUCUGCCCCACGGUCUGCGUCGGCGGGCACCUCAACGGGGGCGGGUUCGGGCCCAUGAUGCGCAAGCACGGCCUUGCCGCCGACAACGUCGUGGACGCCGAGGUGGUGGACGCGGAGGGGCGGCUCCUGCUGGGCCGGGCCGCCAUGGGGGAGGGCCUCUUCUGGGCCAUCAGGGGCGGCGGCGGCGGCAGCUUCGGCGUCGUCGUUUCCUGGACCGUGAGGCUGGUCCCCGUGCCGCCCGUCGUGUCCGCCUUCACCGUGCGCCGGCUAAUCCCGCGAGGAGACGGCGGCGAACAAGCAAUAAUCCAUCUCCUGACCAGAUGGCAGCUCGUGACACACGCGCUCCCGGACGACCUCUUCGUCAAGGCGGCCAUGGAGCCCAAGGCGGACGACGACGGCGGCGGCGGGAGUCUGCGGCCACAGGUGGUGUUCAAGUCGCUCUUUCUUGGCAACUGCAGCGGCAUGGUGUCCCAAAUGGACAGCCAUUUGCCUGAACUCGGCAUCAAUCCGAGCGACUGCAGGGAGAUGAGUUGGCUUCAAUCCAUGCUCUACUUCUACGGCUACACCGAUGGGCAACCCGCAGAAGUGCUUCUUGACAGAACGCUGCAACCCAAAGACUACUACAAGAUCAAGCUGGACUACCUCACGUCGCCAAUUCCGGCAGCCGGUCUCGCCGUGCUGCUCAGCAAGAUCGUCGAAGAGAAAGGCGGCUCGAUCGGCAUCGACCCCCAGGGCGGCAGGAUGAGCGAGAUACCGGAAUCGGACACGCCGUACGCCCACCGGAAAGGGUACCUCUACAAUCUCCAGUACUUCGUCAAGUGGGGAGGUGACAAGAAUGUGUCAUACGAGGAGAAGCAUUUGGGUUGGGUCAGGGAGGUGCAUGAGCUCAUGACACCCUAUGUGAGCAAGAGGCCUAGAGCUGCGUACAUCAACUUCAGGGACCUGGACUUGGGGCAGAACGUGGACGGCAACACGAGGUAUGAGGAGGCCAGGGUGUGGGGGGAGAAGUACUUCAGAGGGAACUUCCGGAGGCUGGCAAUGGUGAAGGGUGAGGUGGAUCCUGAGCAGGUGUUCUGGAGCGAGCAGAGCAUUCCCCCCCUUGUUGUUGUGGGCACUAGGAAGAGGCAGAGACAGGAUGGAUUGGUUUCAGAGAGUUGACAGUUCAGAUGCAGGUUCGCGAUCCUUGCUACUGUAGCUGUAUAAAGCAAGGUUCUAAAUAGCUUGUGCAUAAAACUUUGCUGCCGACUAAAAAAUACGUGUUUUAAAAGAAAGUUUUGGACUACUCCCUCAACUCCACAAUACAACGUGUAGAUUUUUCUCAUUUGUUUCACAAUACUCCUCAUUUCCUCUU